CUCGUCGCGAACGAGCUUUGCGAGCACCACCACACCGCAACCCGCAAGAACUUUAUUGAUUGAUCAGCUGGACGUCAGUGGCUGUGGACCUUGGAAGCUUCCUCUUCAGAUGCUGAAGACGCGGCGCGGCGGGUGAUGGUGUGAGGGAGUGGUCGUACACCGGCAGCAACCGUUCUCGAUUCUCGAGCAAGCGCAACUUGAAGCAGACAGGCCCGAGAGUUGAUUGCCUCUGCCGGAACCAUGGCGAGUGAUCGAUCCUCGACGGGCAGCCAGCACCAUGAGCCCCUCACGCCCUCGGCAUCCAACGAGAGCAGCAAGGUCCUCUUGACAGCCCCUGGAACUCCUCUAAGUGCUGCGGACGAAAAGAAAAUGCGGAGAACCAGUCUUCAAGUUAUGCUAACAAAAGCAACUUCUGGGUCUUCAGAGUCACUCAAUCACACUAACCAGCCACCCGGAGGCGCCAAUAAUUUUCUCGAUGCGACAUGCUUGAGCGCCAAGUCCGACAGCAUCUCUCCAGACAAGAUUAGCAUUGUUUACGAAGGCCAUGAGAGCAAACUGGACCGCAAAGAGUCGUACAAGGCGCUGCGAAAGAACUACCGCCAGGAGAAGAAAAGAGUCGCCAACGAGCUGCUGAGCACUCUCAAAGACUCCUCGGUCAUAAUUUUAGCAGACUGGCUCAAGGUCAGGGGCACUUUGAAGAGCUGGACCAAGCUGUGGUGUGUUCUCAAGCCGGGACUUUUACUCCUCUACAAGUCACCCAAAAUUAAGAGUAGUCACUGGGUGGGGACCGUGCUGUUGAGCAACUGCAAUGUGAUCGAGAGACCUUCCAAGAAGGAUGGAUUCUGCUUCAAGCUUUUCCACCCGAUGGAACAGUCGAUUUGGGCGCCGAGAGGACCGGGCAAGGAGACCAUGGGUGCCGUGGUGCUGCCUCUGCCGACGGCCUAUUUGAUCUUUCGAGCCAACUCGCAAGCCGCCGGCAAGUGCUGGAUGGACGCGCUUGAACUCGGCCUCCGCUGCUCAUCACUUCUCAUUCGCUCCUCUUCUGGCCGCGACUCGACGCCGCAGGUCCAGGAACACAAUUGGGAUUACGAGCAGCACUUUGCCGAUCAAGAGUCCAGCACCAUGGACAACCUCAAGGUGGACAGCCACCAGCACUCGGCGUCCGACUCGGACACGGACUCGGACGGCGGCAAGCCGGACGACGGACCGCACGACGACUCGGACUGGGAACCCGAGCAGACGCCUUACAUAGAAAAUGAGGAGGAAGAAUUUGGAUCUGCUGGAGAGCAAACUGAAGAGCUAGCCGAGGAAAACAAAUCUCUACUUUGGUUCCUCAUGAAACAAGUCCGGCCCGGCAUGGAUCUGUCCAAAGUGGUUCUUCCCACGUUCAUUCUUGAGCCGAGAUCCUUCCUUGACAAAUUAAGUGAUUCCUACUACCACGUAGAUCUUUUAUCUCAAGCUGUUGCCGAGGAAGACGCGUUCACUAGAAUGAAAAUGGUGGUUCGGUGGUAUCUAUCCGGAUUUUACAAGAAGCCAAAGGGGUUGAAAAAACCGUACAACCCGAUUCUGGGCGAGUGCUUCAGAUGCAGCUGGAAACAUCACAAUGGAUCAGUCACAUUUUACUUAGCAGAACAAGUGUCGCAUCACCCGCCAGUGUCCGCCUUUUACGUGACAAACCGGCAGGAAGGCUUCUGCAUCAGCGCCUCCAUUCUAGCCAAAUCGAAAUUCUACGGAAACUCGACGUCCGCCAUCCUCGACGGGACGGCGGUCCUCAGUCUUUUGCCGCGCGGAGAGGACUACACCAUCACCAUUCCCUACGCUCACUGCAAGGGCAUCCUCAUGGGCACUCUCACCAUGGAGUACGGCGGCAAAGUGAACAUUGAAUGUGAAAAGACGGGUUACAAAACGGAAAUUGAAUUCAAAUUGAAGCCUCUCAUCAGAAACAUGGACCCCAAUAUGAUAUCAGGAAGGUUGAAAUUAGGAAAAGAGACUUUGGCCACCAUUGACGGCUACUGGGACGGCGAGAUUAAGAUUAAAGAUAAGAGAACCGGGGAGGAGCAAGUCUUUUGGAGCCCAACUCCAGACAUGAGAGCCAACAGGCUCAAAAGAUGCACAGUUCCUCUGACGCACCAGUGCGAAUUCGAGUCAGAGAGACUCUGGCAACACGUCUCCUCUGCCAUUCACAGAGAUGACCAAGUUGCGGCAACUGAAGAGAAAACAGUCUUGGAAGAAGCUCAGCGGGCGGCCGUGAAGGAGCGCAAGGCGAAGUGCGAGGAGUGGAUCCCCAGAUACUUUGAGCAGGACUUGAUCACCGGCCAGUGGGUUUACAGGCAUUCCGACCUCAGGCCGUGGGACACGAGAAACGACGUGUUCCAGUACGAGUCUGACUUUGUAAUUCAGACGAAAACGAGGCACAAGACGCCAAUGAUUCGCACCUCAAGUAUAGUCAGCGUGGAUCCAAACAGUAGUAUACCUUUAUUGUCAGCUGACGUCAGGGAAAGUUCCAGAAGACGAGCCGCGGACAGCAUUAGCACGAGUAACGACGACAACCACAGCGAGUCAAGUGGGUCUGAAGGAGGACUCCACCACCACAGGCAAGAAAAGAUUCGAGAUGCACUGAAGCCCCUGGAGGUGCUGGUGGUCCAACAGGCAGAGCACAUGAAGCGGCUGGACCUGAAGCUGGAGAAGAUCUCGGUGGUCAUUUCAAAGCAGCAGCAGCAAUUGCAAAACAGCGGCAGCAGCGUGUCGCAGGUGGCCGUCUGCAUCCUGCUGGCAGGGAUCGUGCACGCUUUCUUCGCGUGGCUGCUGUUUGUGCGGAACAAGUAAUGAAUCUCUUGCAGCAAUACAAGAGCUUCAUCUGAUUUUAAUCCUGCCAUAUUAAUGAAUUUUACGUUAAAAACAACAAAUGGUGUUUUGUACUUCUCUGUUGCAGUCGCUGGUAGAAUUGUUAUGUUUGUUCAGUGUGUGCGUCUGAUACAUUCCAGAAAUUUUAUUGAGAACGGGCCACUUUUGAAUCUCAUUUAGCACUUUUGAAUCUUCUUUUUUUAUAUACACACAGCUAAUGAAAUUUUAUUGUGAUACAAUCAGUGGAUUCGGUACUAAAACUGGAUUUCGGGAUAAGCAAUACCUAUGGAAUUCUCGGUUUGGCCUGCUUAUUUAUGGACAGAAACGUUUUUAGGCAGAUUGAUCUAUUUAAUUUCAUAUACACAAAUAGCGUCAAUAUUUUUUGUAUCAUUGGAAAUUUAAUGUGUGAACAAUCACUUUUAUAACAAAUAGCAAUGCAUUUUAACGUAGUGUGUGGGAAUGUUAGAAAUUAUUGUCUUGCUUUGGGAAUUUUAAUUUAUAUAUUUUCUCCUGAGCGAACAUAUAAAUAAAACGUACAAUUCAGACUGAAAGUCGACGUGAAAUCAAUUCAGAUCAAAUUAAUGUGUCAGGAGAAGUAAAUAAUUACAACCAAAAAAAUUAUAUAUUUCCAUGCUUGCGUGUAAACCCUUUUCGGAAAUAGAAAGAAGUGCGUGCUUGGAUUCCCUGUGUGUUCCACCAUGUACCGCUGAAAAGGAAAAAUAAUGAUGAGACCACUGGACAGUCUGAACUGCAACACAACUGAUAUUUAGAGCCAAUACCCAACCUUUUUGAGAAUGAUCGAGGCUAUAAUAAUGUUAUCUCACGAUUAAAUAUUUCCUAAGAAUACUUUGUACGGCUUUGCAGAGCUAUGGCGAUCCUUCGGCAAAGGUCUAUAGGGGGAAAUGGCAGUUGAUCAUCAAUCCUGAAUGUUAUCUUGACUGUAAAUUGGCAGAGAGGAUAAUAAUUACUAUCUAUUUGUGUGGUAGACACUGUUUAAACAACAUCACUGAAAUGUAUUGCGCAUUAUAACUUGUUACGAUAUAACUGUCCCUGUUAGCGCCGCAAGAGCAAAAAUAUAUAACAUGACGUUUAUUUCAAACCAUUAAA